AUGUGGGAGUUUGAAUUUUUUGUAUGUAUUUUUUGAGUGUUGCGGAAAGAUAAAGAGGCAUAUAGACCAGCAAAGCUUAUUUUUAUACGGAAUUUUCGAAUUUUCUUGCUGAAUAGAGUUUAUUUUAGAUAUAGGUAUUCCAAACCUUGGAUAUUACUAAAAAGAAAUAUAUGAAAAUGGUUUGUUCUGGUGGCACUUUUGUUGCUAAUCUGAAGAAGCUCAGCUGAAUCUAUUUGAAACACAGAUGAAUUUGAAGAUCAAGGCAUCUGAAUUAGAUGCCAAGGAUCCUGAGCAGCAUGUGAUGAUUACAGUUCAUGAUAUAAGAAUGGGGCAAUCAAAUGUAAAGAAAAUUUCACUCCAAAUUCAACCACUGGGUUCUGAGAUUGGAUAGACUGUCCAGACGGAACUUAUUAUUCCGAGCCUAUCAAGGGAUGUGCCCGAUGCGAAGGAAGUUGUAACUCUCUUUGUGGAUAUCAAAGCCAUUGUUAUGACUGUCCAACUGGAGAGUUUUUAAAUUUAGAUAAUCUUUCAUGUAUCACUGAAUGAAAUAGCACUACUCAGGUUCAAAUCACAGAUCCUCAACUGAGUAGUAUUCCGUUAUGUAGAACUCCGACCUACUAUGUUAACCCGCUGAGUAUGAGCAAUGCUGAGCUAGGGACUCAGGCUCAUCCUUACAAAGAAUUUGAAUCGGUUAUUGUGGAAAUUAUGAACUACAUUAACCACGAAGGAAAGAAUAUUACUAUAUAUGUUAUGGAGAAGUCUACCAUCUUUGCUAAUAGCCCCACCCACAUUAUCAAUGCUACUAACGUGCAUAUAGAAUCUUAUUCGGAAGUCAGAGUAAACCCUGAGAAAGCUAAGCUAGUGAUUGUCCAGACUAGCUCGAAGAUAAUACCCUACUCUAUGUCUAAUAAGUUCAAUAUUUUGGUUGACAAAGAACAGAGGAGACAAACAAGAAUUUAUGGUAGAGGGUUCCCUGAAGAGGAGCUAUUUUACCUGGUUGUCAAUAAUGCCUGUUUUAAUCCCUACCUAACUGGGCUUACAUUUAAGAAUUUCAGAGUCUCCUCUGAUUAUCUCGACUUGAGGCCAGAGCAUACCUUCAUGGAGCCUCUGAGAGUUGAUGAUAAAGAAGUUGCCCUUAUUGAUUGAGAUAUCAGAAUGGGAGGAACACUGAUACUAGCAGAUACCACUCCAUUCAAUUGGAUCAUGAGAGAUGUCAUAAUUGACAUUAGUACUCUGUGGCGACUCAGUAGACUAACAUUAUUUUGUGGCGAUACAGGCACUACACUUGACACAAAAAUUUACUUCAAGAAUGUGACAAUGUAUACUUCUGAUGCAAAGCCAAUAUUAGUACAGAGACAGCAGACCUUUAUCCAGAACUACUUCCCUCAUGAUUUUGUGAUGGAGGAUGUCACCAUUGACACAUAUGUAGGCUAUAACUUUGAGUCAUCACAUUCAUUUACAUACAUCAGUGAUGAGAAAUGAAAUAACGACUUGAGGCCUGCUUACUACAAUUUCACAAAUUUUCACCUGACGACGACACGGUUGGAGAAGACUCUAACUGAUAAAGUGGAGACUAACAAUUUUAUUGUAGAACAAUACUCUGAGUCUAACAGAUCUGUUGAGUUCCACCUCACAAAUUUUACUUGCAGUAAUGAUAUCCAGAAAACUUAUGCAUGAAUGCAGUUCACUGCUGGUGAAAGAGGAGACAUCUUCAUAACUGAUUUUCACGGUGUUAACAACGAAGGCUAUCUCGGACUACUGAUUGCGAAUAGUGUUACUUUCACUAAUAUGGAUUUGAAUGAGGUUUCUCUUUCAUCUCCGAAGAUCUUUGACAUUCAAUGAUACUCAUCUUUUACAGUCAAUGGGCUAGUUAUGAAUAAUUCAUUGAUCUCCACUGAAAAUACUUAUUCUGCGAUAAAGGUUAAAUUACUGAAACCUGGAGAAAUUUCAAUCAAUGGCCUUAAAAUUGUGAAUAGUGAAGUAGUACAAGCUCAAGCUGUGUUUUACGCAACAUCACAAAGCGGGGGAAGUUUGACUAUUAACUCACCUCAGUUCCAAAACAUGACUCUGAGUGAAGAAGCAUCGAUCCUUAGUUAUGGCAUUCUGGAUAAGGUCUUGAUCAAUGGCCUCCAAACUAACCUUGUAGUCACUAAGUCAGGAGAUCUUGAAGUCAAUUCAUGAAUUACUCAUUACUAUGACAGUAAUUUGGCGGCACCAAAUAUCGAACAGGUGAUUUCUAACAUUACAAUGGAGCAGUCUUCUGUCUCAAUGAUAGUAAUAUCAAAGCCAGACUAUGAUACAGCUUCAACAUCAUCUUUACUGGUGUCUAACGUUACCUACCAGAACACAGUGUCAUCAGCUGGUGUAGAUAUUGUAAAAAUAUACAGGAUGGCCUCUACAGGCACUUAUGAGAUAAUUUUUGAAGAUAUGACAUUCAAGAAUUUGACGUUUCAACGAAACACUAAGCUGUUUCAUCUAAUGCAGCAGCUCAAUACUCCUGUGGAUAUCCGGAACAUCCAAGUCUCUAAUGUUGUUUACGCUGGGAUAACAGUUUUGGCUUACGAUACCAACAAUGUAGGCAAUUUUACACAAGUUAAUAUCCAAAAUAUCUCAGUGACAGAUGUGGAUACAAAUUUACGAUCCUUUAUCAAUAUCUAUGAGGGAGCAAAUGUCAAUGUCAGCGAUUCAACAUUCCAGAGAAUCAGUAAUUUAGAUAGCGGGGCUGUGAUGUCAGCAGGAUUUCAAAAAGCCAUCGCACGGUUCUAUAACACCUCAUUUUUUAACAAUACGUCAGUAGAGGGAGGUGUAUUUACCAGCCAAUCUCAGAGCAUCAUUGAGUGCCACCAGUGUAUGAUUUAUAGCAACUUCGCUAUCUCAAGUGGAGUCAUUAAGAUCAAUAGUGAUGGAAUUUUCAAAUUCUAUAACUCGGAAAUUUAUGAAAACAAAGCAAUGGUGGCUUCUGUAGCAGAGUUAUUCUCAACCCAAACCCAAAGUAUAGUGAGUAAUUGCACAAUCAGAUCAAACCAGAUCCUAUCAAGCGUGGAAGUAUUGAUUCAGCGCUUUGUAUUUGAUUCUUUUCGUGAAUAUCUUCUUGACCAUGAGUAUCUUCUUGAGCAUUCUGAGAAUCAAUAUUGCUUCAAAAUAGUCCAGGGAGAAUUAAUCAUGACCGAAAAUGUGCAAAUUUAUGACCAGGAUAAGCUCAUACAGUCAACUAAUGGAGUUAUCACUUUUGAAAAUGUUCAAAUUAGAGACACUAUUUGCAGUCUGAAUAUUUUCUCUUUGUCUGAAUCUCGGGGUUUUAUGUAUAAUAUUACUAUCAGUAAUAUUACGAAGGAAGUAGAUACUCCAACAGAGAUUAUUUAUGUCUCAAAUUCAUUGCUUUUUGAAUCAAAUUCGACAUAUGGUGACUCAACUGUAGCCUAUCUUACAGCUAUUUUGGCAGUGGUAAAUGAGAAGAUCCUUAACAUUCGCAAUGUGGCUUUAUCUGAUGAUGACCUUAUCCUGAUUGCACAAAGUUCCUUCGAGCAGACUUAUGCAGACAGUGGGAGCACAUAUAUUUCCUCUAUCAGAGAGUCUACUUUUGUGAAUAUCACUACUGAUUCAUCUAAAAGCAUCUUGAGCUUUGUGAAAUCUUCCUUCAGUGAGAUUACUGACAAUCUUUUUAGAGAUAAUGGUAUUCAGGUACUUAACUUUCAGAAUUCAGUGCUGAAGACAAUUCAAAAUGUUAGUGUCUCCAAUAGUUAUUACUGAGCCAACUUUUUAAAGACAACUGUGCAGUCUUUAACAAACUCAACUUUCACCCAAUGCGGAGGCACUGGUAAGCUCUCUGGUGGAGCUAUUGACAUUGAAAAAUCCAAUUUGACUAUUUCACAUACAAGUUUUAUCGGAAACAAAGCAAUAUCAGGAGCAGCGAUAUCUGUUAUCUGUGAUGUUGACAACCAAUGCUCUAACAGCUUUAUCAAUCUGACCUUUGAUGAUAAUACUGCUGUUAAGCAAGGAGGGAGUAUUUACUACAAUUUUAACCGACCAUUUAUGACACAACUGACCUUUAAUAACAAUGCUGCACAGUAUGGGACUAAUAUAGCUAGCUAUGCGGUGAGAAUCGUAAAAAAAGGAACUUUAGUGAAUAAGAUCUCCCUGACUGAUGUCGCAAGUGGGCUCAAACAUGAUGAAAGCUUAAAUUUUGACUUAGUGGACAUUGAUAAUCAGAUUAUGAACCUUCAAGAAAGCUCUGUGAAAGUAGUUCCAAUUCAAAGUAAUACAUCUAUCGAAGGGACAGUUGAGACUAAGUUCUCUAAUGGAUCUGCCUCAUUCGAUAAUCUCAUUUUUAAAGCUAGUACAGGGGCUCAAGGUGUCCAGUUUAGAGUGACCUCCAAAGCUAUUGACUCAACCAUACUAGCCCAAGUGUUAGACAACUCUAUGGGCGAAUACGAUAAUAUAAUCCAUACUAAUUUUAGGUAUUGCAUGUCUGGAGAAAUUGAAAACCAAUCUAAACAAUGAGAGCAAUGUCCAGCUCUAACUUAUUCUCUUGGAUGGAACUCCACUCAGUGCACCGAUUGAAUGGAACAUGCUCAAUGACUUGGUGAAGAUCACAUCAAUGUUGAUAGUGGAUACUGGAGAUAUACUGAGAACUCUACUGAAAUUAUCGAAUGCCCUAACACUGAUGCAUGUGAAGGAGGGUAUCUUGCAGAUAGUGAAUUCCCAACUGAAUGCGCUCCUGGUUAUGCAGGAAUCUUGUGAGGAGAGUGCCUGAUACAUGAGAAUGUAAAAUAUCAACCUCUGAGCGACUUCAGGUGCACUAAAUGCCCAAAUGCUACAUAUAACGCAAUCAGGAUAUUUUUUGUUGCUCUCGUAGCAUUUCUAUUUCUCUCGUUAUUGAUUUAUGUGAAUCUUAGAAAGAGGAGGGAGAACCAGCACUCAAUUUUGUUUAGGAUUAUGACGAAUCAUAUGCAUUUAAUAUCGGCAGCAAUGUCAUUUAACAUGAAGAUACCAUCAAGUUUUGACUCCUUGUUUUCUCGAGUAAACAGAGUAUCUUCGCCGAAUGAGAGUUUCUUCUCGUUUGAUUGAUUCAUUAAAGAUUAUGAGAUCAAGCUAUUUGCACCUUCAAAUUCACUAUUUAAGCUAUUCCUGUUCCUCUUCUUGCCAGUCUUCUUGAUUGGGGUGAUAAUAAUUGGUCUGUUUAUAGUAAAUUUAGUUCUAUACCUCUUCAAGAAGCAUAAGAUGUUUGACCAAAAGAGAGCAAUUGUAGUGUCAAUGAUCUGUAUAAUCUUCCUAUUCCAUCCGACAUUAACCCUUGAGUCUCUUUCAGUAUUCCUCUGCAACCAGAUAGAUGCUGAUGAGUACAGGAUGACUAUGCAUUUAGAGUACAGAUGCUACUCAUUGGAUCACCUUAAAUGGAGUGCUUUCGUAGGAAUGCCCAUUCUGCUCCUCUGGGUUAUAGCUUCGCCCAUACUCGCCCUGAUGAUCCUUACAAGGCAUCGUAAAAACCUUGAAGACUGGAGUAUCAAGAAGUACAUGUUGAUAAUUUACCAAGGGUUCAAGCCUGAAGUCUAUUACUGGGAGUUUGUGAACAUUCUGAGGAAAGUCCUGAUUGUUUCGACUGAUAUUUUUCUUAGUAUAGCUCCAAAUAAUUACAGUCUUGUUUGUGCUAUUGUUAUAUUGAUUUUUCUGUGGAGAAUUCAGAUCAGGCUACAACCAUAUAAGUUGAAAGACAACAAUGAGUUAGAGUUAUAUGGAACUAUUGCUGUCAUGAUUACAUUCUUCUGUGGAUUCAUCUUCGCUAAAGGCGAAGAUGCAGUCACAGGAUUCUAUAUACUCUCAACUAUAAUAAUUUUCGUGUGUAACGGAAUCUUCUUCUUAAAAUGGCUCUUCCUCAUGCUCAUUGAAGUCAAGUGGAAGAACCAGCAUUUCCAGCGUACGCUGGAAAUCUUUGCCAUCCUCCUCCUUAAGGAAAAGAACUGGAGAAAAGAAAGAUUUAAGGUAGAAGAGACACCGAUGUUAAAGAAAACACCAGUUAAGGAAGCAACCAAGAAGCCUAAAAAAGGAAAGAAGAGAAGGAGACAGUUUAAGAAGAUCCUUAAGAACGGAGUUAAGAAUGCCAAAAAUAAUAAGCUAAAUGCCAAGUUGUAUAAGAUUAAAGCAUUAGAUAAUCAGUUUUCCAGUAUGAGAGACAAUCUGAUAACAGAUUGGUACUGAACAGCAAAACUUCUCGCAAACAGUAUAAUCAGAGGAAAAUCGUGUCAAAUUACCUGAACAUCAAAAGGACAUCUCUCAACUAAUCAUUGAGAUGAGCCAUGAAGAAGAAAAGAAUUCAACACCCCAGAGUUUAUUUAAAAAUUAUAACGAAAGAAAGAUUGAUCAAAGAGAAGAAGAGUCGAAGGACACUUCAAUGCAAGAGGUUUUCGGCUUUACUACAGAAAACAGGAAAAACAGGCGUAAGCGUAAAAAGAAGUAUCACAGGAGAAAUGACUCUGGGCACGACCAAGAAGAGGAUGAGGAAGAGAAGGAAGAACAGUUUCGUGUGUGGAAGAGAGAACGGAGGAGUUAAA